AUGUCUCCAACCCUUCGUGCUUCUCUGUCCAGCUCUCUGCUGUUAGUGCUGCUGGCCAUGCUGUCAGCCAGCAGUUCUGCCUACGGGAAGGUGAUACGGCCCGGGCUCAAGCCAGAGAGCCUCUUCAAGCAAGCAGAUGCUGGAUGCCUGACCCAAAAAGAUGCCAAAUUCCCUCAAACUGUGAGAGUCAACAUAAGCAUCAGCAACAUGAACCAGGAUAACAAAGUGACUCUUGAUAUCAGCAAACGUUCGCUGUCUCCCUGGGAUUACAGGAUCGAUGAGGACCACAACCGCUUCCCCCAGGUGAUUGCUGAUGCUGAGUGCCGCUACUCCAGGUGUGUGAACUCAGCCGGGCAGCUGGACCACAGCCUCAACUCCAUCCCCAUCAAUCAGGAGAUCCUCGUCCUUCGCCGGGAGCUGAAAGGCUGCCACCACUCAUACCGGCUGGAGAAGAAAAUUAUCACCGUGGGCUGCACUUGUGUCACCCCCUUGAUCCAGCACCAGGCUUAAAGGGAGCCUGUGGUGCAAGAGCAA